UGCUAUAAAUACCGUUCUCCCACUUAAACCACACUGAAUUAAACGGCAUCCUUAUCAAAAAUGAAGCUGGUACUCUUCUUUGUUUGUCUUUGUUGUCAUUCUUUAAGUGAAUCGGAAGGUGCCCAAAGGAAUUAUGUCGCAGAAGAAGAAAACAAGAACCGCAUGUCAUAUUUCCUUGUAGCGACAGAUGAUGGUGGUUAUGAAAUAGAAGAUUUAACAGUAUCUUCUCCUGAAGUAAUAGCUUCGUUGACGGAUGUCCUUUACUACUUCUGCAGUCAAAGCAACAGAGAUUGCACUCUUGUUAACAAUAUCACGUCUGGUUUAUCUGUAGAAACAUUCGAUCCUACAAAAGAAGUUUUGGUUUUGAUCCAUGGUUGGCUAGAUGGUUAUAGUUCAUCUUUUAACGCCAACAUAAAGUCUGCUGCGUUAGACACUUUUAAUUUGAAUGUGAUUAUUGUAGAUUGGGGAAAGUUUGCGAAGAAUCUGUAUCUCGUUGCGAGAAACGCCGUUCCAGAGAUUGGAAAAUUUGUUGGAGAAUUCAUCCAGUCUUUAUCUUCAACACAUAACAUUCCUCUGUCAAAGAUAUCCAUGGUGGGACAUUCUCUGGGAGCUCAUAUUUCAGGAAUUGCCGGUAGAUACUUAGGAGGCAAAGUGGGUAAUAUUGUAGGUCUUGAUCCAGCUGCACCUUUGGUAUCAAUCUCAGACAAAGACUACUGCCUUGACUCUUCAGAUGCGGAGUAUGUCGAAGUGAUUCAUACAGCCGCCGGUUUCCUUGGACUGUCAACCUCUUUGGGGCACUCUGAUUACUACCCAAACGGUGGUAAAGACCAGCCAGGGUGCGGGUUGGACUUUGCAAGCCGCUGCUCACACUGCAGGUCUUUCAAAUUUUAUGCUGAAUCUAUUAGAAGUAACAAAUUUGUUUCACAAAAAUGCGCUUCUUACUCAGACUACACACAAGGCAACUGCAGUGGACCGUACUCUCUAAUGGGAGGCCAUAACAUGGACAAAGGAGUCUCUGGAGACUACUAUUUGAACACAAAUGAAGAUUCUCCCUACGCGAUCGAUUCAAAUUAAGUGUAAUUGUGUUGCAUAUUGGCAUAUGUGUUUUGCUCAUACGCAUAUAUUUAAGUGAUCUGUUGAAGUAUUAAAUAUAUUAUGAAGUACC